AGUCCACGUUGUGGAAUGCAGAGUUUCCUCUCGAUGCCCGUCCGAUGAUUGAAUCACUGUUGUAGAUGUGGUUCGGGGUGGAACACGCGGCCUGGAGAGCAGACACAACAACAUCUCGGAAUGAAGGAGGGGCCAGCGGGCCUCCGCCGAGCACCGCCCCGAGCCGGUGAGGGUGAACUUUGUCACAAAUCGUUGCUCCGCUGCAUAACACUCGCCUCCUCGCGGACAGAAGCCCACUGCACCGCGCUCGCUGCAACAUGUACAUCUGGUUCACGGUUGUCGCCGGACUGGCCCUUCUGUCCAUCUCACUCCUCGGGACCUUUUGCCCUCACUUAGGGGAGGACUGCGCCUACAUCCUGGCCAGCCUGAAACUCGGCUUACGGCUCUUUAAAUACAAGUCGAGCAAACCUUUCUACAGCGUCUUGGACUGCUUCUUGGACGCCGUGAAGAGGCAUCCCACGAAGGUCUUCGUGCACUUUGAAGGACGCGAGUAUAGUUAUGGAGACAUGGACAAACGGAGCAACAAGGUGGCGCGGGCGCUGCAGGCUGAAGCCCGGCUGAAGGAGGGGGACUCGGUCGCCUUGUUUCUGGCCAACGAGCCCAGUUUCGUGUGGACUUGGCUCGGCUUGGCCAAGCUGGGAUGUCCGGCUGCUCUGCUCAACUUUAACAUCCGAUCCAAGUCUCUGCUGCACUGUUUCUCCUGCUGCGGGGCCAAAGUGCUCAUCGCCUCUCAAGAGCUGCAGGGUGCCCUGGAGGAGGUGUUACCGACGCUGAGAGAGCAAGGCAUCAGCGUGUACCUCAUGUCCGAGACCUGCAGCAUCGAGGGCAUCAACACCCUGUCUGACAAGAUCUCCCGGGCCUCAGACCUGCCGCUGUCCCGGGACCUCAGAGCCAACAUCAACAUCAGGAGCACCGCGUUGUACAUCUACACGUCGGGCACCACAGGUUUGCCGAAAGCAGCCGUUGUCACCCAUGAGAGGGUUUGGGCCGCCUCCUUCAUCCAGGCGGUGUGUGGAGUCACAUCGGAGGACAUCUUCUACAUCAAUCUACCCCUCUAUCACAGCGCAGGCUUCCUCAUCGGGAUGAUCGGAGGCAUGGAGAGGGGUAACGUAGUCCUCCCAAUCCGCCAAAGGAUUCACGGACCUGGUCAUGAGAAGAUGCUGCGUACAUUUUACAGGAAGAUUAAAGCUGCGUUAUAUGAUGUUUUUAUCGCAGGCAUAACCAUUGUUCUGAGGAGAAAGUUCUCUGCCUCUCAGUUCUGGGACGACUGCAGGAAGUACAACGUGACGGUGAUGCAGUACAUUGGUGAAACGAUGCGCUACCUCUGCAACACGCCCAGGAAAGACGGCGAGAAGAACCACAGAGUGAGGAUCGCCAUCGGCAACGGAGUCCGAACAGACAUCUGGUCUGAGUUCCUCAAUCGCUUCGGGGACAUUAAAGUGAGAGAGCUGUACGCCGCCACCGAGGGAAACAUCGGCUUCAUCAAUUACACGUCCAAAAUCGGUGCAGUCGGGCGCGUCAAUUUUGUCCACAGGUUUUUCUUCCCGUACACUUUGAUAAAGUUUGACACUGAGAAGGAGGAGCCUGUCAGGAACUCUGAGGGCCUGUGCAUCGAGGCAGCCACAGGCGAGACGGGACUUUUGGUUGGACGGGUCACUCGGCGGUCGCCCUUUGUCGGGUACGCCGGCAACCAGCAACAAACUGAGAAGAAGAGGCUUCGUGACGUGAUGAAAAAAGGAGACCUGUACUUCAACACCGGAGAUUUACUUUGGUUUGAUGACAUGAAAUUUGUGUACUUUCAGGAUCGAGUUGGUGACACUUUCAGAUGGAAAGGAGAAAAUGUUGCCACAUCCGAGGUUGCAGACAUUCUCACAAUGGCUAACUGCAUUUUUGAAGCAAAUGUCUACGGUGUUAAAGUUGAAGGCCACGAGGGUCGGAUCGGCAUGGCAGCUGUCACUCUGCAAGAAGGAGAAGAUUUUGAUUCUUUGCACACCUACAAACAGGUCGUCAACUACCUCCCAGCGUACGCUAGACCUCGAUUCCUCAGGAUCCAGCCCUGCCUGGAGAUGACGGGGACAUUCAAGAUGAAGAAAGUGAAGUUGGUGGAGGAGGGAUUCAAUCCAGCUCACAUCGAAGAUCCUUUGUACUUUUUAGAUCCUGAGAAAAAGAUGUACGUUCCCCUGACUGAAGACAUCUACAGAGCAAUCGCUUGUCGGGAUAUAAAACUCUAACACAGAGAAACUUCAAAACAGACGGCCCCGUUGGUUUUCAAAGAAGUAACAUCUCAUUUUUAGACAUUUUUUUAACAGUAUACUAAUCUCAGGGACAGACUGACUUUGAAACUUAAUGUUUUAACCCUCCUGUCGUUUUUUUUUUUUUAAUCCUUUGGGCUCAAUUUGACUGCAGCAAUUCAAAUCCCUAGAAAAUGAUUUACUUUAUGUGUGUGGGGUAGUUUGCGAUAAAACACGACCCCAGAAUCUCCUGCCGGUGUUUGAGAGGCGACCUCGAGGGUCUCGUUCUCAUCAGAGGAGAUCUCCUCUAAGUCACUUUCACUGUCAGAGAGCUGUGACUCAACAUGGGCCACAUCAGGGUUCUCCUUCUGCAGGGCUGAGCUUUGGCAGGCGAGGCCCCUAAAUAUUGAAACGUUGCAUAUUAAUAUCAGUUAAAACAAUGUCUCGUGCGUGUUUACACAGCUGGGCAACACUGAUUCAUACAAAAUGCAUGAAGGACAUUGAAAACGUAUCAUGUGCAUUUUAUGUGAUGAGGACAGGUCAUUAAAAUGAAGCAAAAACGAUGAUGUCAAGCUGUGAUUUAGAGACGUUAAACAUUGAAAUUAACCUCAGGUAGUAAGCAGAGUUGAAAGACUACUUUUUAUAUUAACUCAACUACCGUGCAUCCCUACAGCUUUUGUAAAUGUAUUCCUUAAUGCUGUCAGUAUUAUUAUACAAGUAUCUCUUACUGCCACCGUUGUACUUUUAAUAAUUAAACUGGUUGUCUUUUGUCCUGAC